AUGUUCAUUGGCCUGGGGCAGCUGGGCGAGGCGCGGGUGGACAAGGCUGCGAGGGACGCACACUUGUGCGACCUCAUGCGAUGUCCCAGCCUAGGCGCUGCCUUCACCGCUCAGCAACUGCUGAGGCCCAUCAAGAAGAAGUCGGUGAACCCACGUGUUUACAUCGCCCGCUUGCAGCUCUUGGCUUCCAUGGUCACCGAGGCCGGGAUUCAGCCAGAGAGCAAGGAGGGGUUGCCUUUAGAUCCCACGGUCCAAUUAGCCAUGGAUUGGUUUGGCAAUGCCAACGCGGAUGUAAGGGAGAAUGCGGUGAAGCUGGUGGCGGCCUGCUACGCGCACGCCGGCAUGCGCCGCAUUGAGAAGUACCUGGCGAACAUCCGGCAGGCACAGCGGGAGAUCUUCGAUGAGGAGUUCGACAGGGUGGAUGCAGGCGACGGCCUCCAGCUGGCUCAGCCGAGCCACCGCUCGGCCGGCAGCAACCGCUCGACGCCCAAAGGCACCGGUCGGUCGGAGCUUCAGUCGACCGUGGACGACGUGGACGUGGCAAGUAUCGGUGUCCUUUUUGAGAGCCCAAACUCCUUUGAUCUCCUUUGGACAUACUGUCUUUGGACCGUAUUUUGCAUGUCACCGAAUUGCACAAUAUGUUGGGAUUGA